AUGACAGCAAUUCAGUGUGCCUGUUAUCGAUCACAUUUCACUGUAGCUAAAACUUUGAUUGAAAUCGGAGGAGCCAAUUUAUAUCAUGAUAAUGAAAAAUGGCUAAAUUGCCCAUUACUUAUUCAAGCUAGUGCAGAAAAUCGUCUUGAUAUAGUUCGUUUUCUCGUUGAAAAUGGUUACUCUGAUGUUAACAAGUCUUGGUCGAAUGACGAGGACCAAUGUACGGCUAUGAUAUUGGCUGCUUCCAAAGGGUACACAACUUUAAUCGAAUAUUUAAUCGAAAAGAAUGCUGAUGUCAAUUACACUUGUAAAAGCAACAGACUCCGUGGAUCAACACCAAUUACGAUUGCUGUUGCUCAAGGUCAUAUUGAUGUGGUACGAUUGCUAUAUGAUGCAGAUGCGGAUACAAACGUCAAGUUGAAUGAUGGUAAAACUCUUCUCAUGGUUGCUGUGAGAAAGAAACGUUUUGAUGUGAUUGAUUUCUUCGUCAAACGUUCAAUAGUCACUAUCGAGAACCUCGAGCUUGCUGCCUGUUCAUUAGUUGUCACCAAUUCGCCGAUGCGACACUUACACCGCGCUGCAAAGCUCUUGGUUCUUGCUAUUGAGUAUUGGACAUCUAGUCAGACACCAAAGGUAUGUAUAAAGCCCAAUGUUGCCUAUGAGUAUCAUCAAGAAUGUCAAACAGUCGAAGAACUUGAAGCUAUUAAACAUGAUCAUGAUCGAAUGUGGAUUGAAACAGCACUCGUUCGAGAGCGUCUUUUACUUUCACGAAAUGAUCAUAAUUUAAUGAAACCGUUGUUGGAUCAUGGCGAUGUAUUAGUAUCCAAAGGUGAGUUUGACAAAUGUUUACAUUUGUGGAUUCAUGCAUUUAACCUCUACCAAAAAAUGCAGAUAGACACUUGUCUGCAUCGAUUCGUAUGGUUAUUUUGUAAAAUGUUUACAGCAAAUCAACAAAUUCCUAUUGAUCAAUUUCUAAAGAGAAGAAAUAAAGAUAAAUUAGAUUUAGAAAUAUUUCAUUCAAUGAUCUAUACUAAAUCAAACGAGAAUUAA